AUGUCUCUAUUGAAUUUAAGGCCAGGUUUAAUAAGUCGAAUUCCUAUUCGUUCGAUACCUGCUUUAAAUUCUAAAAAUUCAUUACGUUUACUAUCAAAUUCAAUAAUAAAUUAUAAUGGGACUCGUAAGGAAAAACCAAUAAAUUUGGAUCCUGAACCUCUUAAAACAAAUGAUACCACUCAUUUUGGUUUCCAAACUGUUUCCAAAGAUAAAAAAGAAAAACUUGUUGCUGAAGUUUUUUCCUCUGUAGCCACGAAAUAUGAUAUAAUGAAUGAUUUAAUGUCACUUGGGAUUCAUAGAUUAUGGAAAGAUCAUUUCAUUGCUAAAUUGGAUGCUGGUAAGAGGUUGAAUUCUAAUAAAGAAAUAAAUUUCAUUGAUAUUGCAGGUGGUUCUGGUGAUAUUGCAUUUGGAUUAUUGGAUCAUGCAGAAAAAAAAUUUGGUGAUGUAGAAUCCACCAUGUUGGUUACUGAUAUUAAUGCAGAUAUGUUAAAAGAAGGUGAAAAAAGAGCUCAAGCUAAUGGGAAGUAUUGGAAUAAUUCCCGAGUGAAAUUUUUAGUUCAAGAUGCAGAAAAAUUAGACCAAGUCAAGGAUAAUUCUAUGGAUAUUUAUACAGUUUCAUUUGGUAUUCGUAAUUUUACUGAUAUUCAAAAAGCUUUAAAUACUGCUUAUAGAGUGUUAAGACCAGGUGGUGUAUUUUAUUGUUUAGAAUUUAGUAAGAUUGAGAACCCUUUAUUGAAUUUCGGAUAUAAUCAAUGGGCCAAAGUUUUACCAGUUAUUGGUAGUGUUGUUGCCAAUGAUUAUAAUUCAUAUGAAUAUUUAGUGGAGUCUAUUGAGAAAUUUCCUGAUCAAGAAACUUUUAAAGGGAUGAUUGAGAAAGCGGGAUUUAAAUCAGUUGGGUAUGAAAAUUUAACGUUUGGAGUUUGUGCAAUCCAUUGGGGUAUCAAGGUUUAA